UCACUGUCCGGUCGCGUGGUACGGAUUACCUAAUUGGGCGGGGCGGAGUUUAUGAUGGAAGACUAAUGGCGGGUCUAAUAAACAUGACUCAGCCACGGAGACGGGGCCGGCCCAGUGCUCACCGGGAUGCCUCUCUUCUCCAGGAUGAAGAUGUGGAGAUGGAAGAUGACUCUAUCUAUCAGACACAGUCAGCAUCACAGGUGCAGAAGAACUUGGCCAAACAUUCUCCAGAGCAAAUCAACCUUAAGGUGGGUGAGGUAGUACAGUACCUCUUGAUAAGAGACCAGAAGAAGCUGCCUAUAAAGCGGGCAGAUAUUGUAAAAAACGUUAUAAAGGAAUACAAAGAUGUGUACCCUGAAAUAUUUCAACGUGCCAAGAAUUCUCUGCGGCAGGUGUUUGGUUUUCAGCUGGAAGAGAUAGACACUAAGAACCACGUAUAUGUUCUUGUCAACAGAUUGGAUCGCUUGCAAGGUGAUGGAAUGAAAGUGGAUGACAACACAGCGAAACUGGGUUUGCUCACAGUAAUACUCAGCCUCAUCUUUAUGAAAGGGAAUACCGUGAAAGAGUCUGUUAUCUGGGAAACGCUGAGGCGUCUGCGCAUUGACCAUGGGGAGAAGCAUGAUGACUUUGGAGAUGUGCGGAAGCUCGUAACUGAUGAAUUUGUAAAACAAAAGUACUUGGAGUAUAACAAAAUACUUCAUACAGACCCACUGGAGUAUGAAUUCUGCUGGGGUCCCAGAGCUUACAAAGAGACCUCCAAAAUGAAAAUCCUAGAAUUUGUCUCCAUGAUUCAGAACAAAGACCCUAAAUCGUGGUCCACGCAGUACAAAGAAGCACAAGAACCAGCGGUAGCCCCAUCGCAGUCUACAGGACGUUAGGAUUACUCCAGGGGACUGCCUGAAUUGCUAAGUUGCUAUAUGGGAAGCAUUUUGUUAAAAGUUUUAUCAAGAGACUAUGUUCGCUUUCAUGAAACUUUAUGAAAUAUAUUCAAACAUCCCAAUUAUGUGGUAACUCCAUGUGCUGUGGCAGCGCCGAUUCCUCCAUUGCUUUGCGAUAUCACAGCCCAACACUCUAACUGUUCCCCCAGAAGAUGCGUAUUGGGAUAUGGCAUUCAGAAUGCCUUUGCCUGCGAACAGUGAGUGUCUACUAAUAACUAGUUGUUUUUUCAUUUUGUAUAUAUAUAUAUAUCACCAGGUUAUAAAACAAAUAAAAAUCCUUUGGU